GGGGGGUCCCGCGCUCAGCCCUCCCGCGGAGAUCGCGCCCCGCGCCCCGCCCCACGCAGCUUCCGGGAGGGUCCCCUGCCCCGCCCCGGCUUCCCGGCCAGCCCCUCGCCCCCAAACCACGGAGCCCAGAAUAUAAAGCCGGGGCGCAGCCCAACCCCUCCCUGCUGGAGGACCGGGUCGCUGCUCCGGUUACAGGGAUGCCUCCUGGCAGAGGCCGCGCUGGGGGUGAGCGCCCCUAGGCCGGGAGCAAAGGGCGGGCAGGGCCAGCCGAGGGUCUCGCCUUGCCUGCGGCCCUCCAGCCACAGACAGCGGCUCUGCAGCUUUGCUUGGAGCCGUCCUUGCUGUGUUGUCAAGCCUCGCCUUCUGGCAAGCCCGGCCGAAAUUCCAGCCCACACCCACUUCAGGCCAGCAAUCCGGAGAGGCCCUCCUGGGCUUUGUAACCCUGACCCUCAGCUCCCUACCCCAGGGGGCCAGCCAGGAGUGCACAGCAUUGUGGGGAACCCAGAGCUGUGCUGGGCAUCCGUGCAGGGAACCAGGCUUGUCUGCGGAUAAGCAUUAGUGAGGUUCUGCUCUCCUGGAGUGGAGAAGGAAAUGGCAACCCACUCCAGUGUUCUUGCCUGGAGAAUCCCAGGGAUGGCGGAGCCUGGUGGGCUGCCGUCUCUGGGGUUGCAGAGUCGGACACGACGGAAGCCACUUAGCAGCAGCAGCAGCAGCAGCAGCCCUCCUGGAGACAGGAGGUGUCUGUCUAGAGAGAGAGGUCUAGGGCCCCUAGCACGGUUCAGACUCUGGCACCACGUGGCUUUGGGGCCCCCACAGUCACCCUCCAGACCUGGUUCUGGGGCUCUUGGGGUGCAGGCUAGCAGUCUGACAAAAGUGGGAGCCCCCUGGCUUCAGCCCGCAGUCCCCCAAAGUACAGUUGAGGGGGUUUUCCAGAAUGAUUCAUCUUAUGUAGACCAUUGUUUUAAAGCCACAAGCCAAGUUGUCGCUGGAGACACCCUCUGAAUUUUUAACCUCAUUCUUGGGCUAGAUAAUCUGACAGUUCAGAAAACCACUCCCUGGGAGUCCGAGCUGGAGACAGCAUUUAGAAGCAGUGACCACAGUCAAGGUGAGGAGCAGAGAGGAGCGUUCCCUCCCGUGCUGUCUGUUGCCUGGAGUAGAAGUCACUGGGAUCCGUCCCCAGGCGCUUCUUCAGACAGCACUGCUGCUCAGCAAGUUAACAUUCCUGGUCUAGACUCUCGAGAAGGCCUAUGGGAAUGUCUUGUACGCUGCUAUUUUACCAGGGCAGCUUGAAUAAUACCAGGGCAGUGAGGUUGGCACAGCCCAGUGGAAGAGCCCUCCCCCUCGGCGUUGCCCGCUCCCACUGUCCUUAGCGGGGGAUCUCCUCGGAGGGUGGUGUUGCGGGAAAGACCACCUGCUGUCGUGGGGCUCCAUCUGAGGACUUUGAAGUGGCUUCUCACGUCCCCAGCUAUGCAUGUCCUGGUACAUCAGACCGAUGGCUCAGGGAAGUUGGAACUAUUGUGGUUAACUGUAUUUGGCCUCAGGUCAAAAGUCUUUUUAAAAAGUGGGCCCAAGACGCUACAGAGUACACGUAGGGAGAUGAAGGCCCAGUCCUUGAACUGUUCUGCAGACGUUACACUGAACCUGGACUUGAAGAGAAUCACAGGAGCUGCUAGUUUGUGUCAAGAGCCAACCAACCCGUGAUGUGUCGCUGAGCCUGACUCCCACUAGUCGACAGUUCCACCCGGCCAGAAGCUUUGCGCCUUCGUCCCGUCACCCCCUCUUGACGACUUCGGAAGGUAAACUCCGCCUCUGCUCCUUCACCGGAGAAGAUGGUCGGAGGGAUGAUGGAAGAAGGACACUCGCGUCAGCUUCCACGAGCUCGGCCCAGGGGGCUUGGAAGCAUUUUCUCAUGAGUCUCCUCGGCCACCCGCCCCGUACAGCCGAGGAAGCUGAGGCCCGGGGGCCCACGGCCGGCCGGACCUUCGCCAGGCCCGUGGCUCCCGUGCGACCUGACCCGGGGCGCCCGCCCGGCGUGCCCCCCCGCAGGAUGUGAAGCGGGCAGAGAAGCAAAGCCCCACCUCUGCGCGCCGCCCGCUAGGAUGUUUCUCAUGAACGCGCCUCCUGUGCUGGCCCUGCGGUCCGCGUGGGAGGCCUUCGGCCCACCUGGGAGCUGUAGGUUUCCCCGAUGCUUCUCAGAGCCCAGAGAGGGCAGCUCGAGAGCGGCGGCGAGCGCCCAGGUGCAGAUGGCCAUCAGCAGGCUUCAGGGCGACAAGGCAGCCCUGGGCAUGAGUGGCGAGCAUGCCCGGCCGGGAAGCCAGAGGGCAGAGAGGGGCCGGGGCGCCCUGCCAGCUGCCAGCCCCGCCUUUGCGGCCUGUGGUCUUGCUGUGGGUCUUGACCCCAAGCAGGAGGAGGAGGAGGCCUCCAGCCUCGGGCCCCUGGUGCCGGACUCGGACAGCGACGACUCGGUGGACCGGGACAUCGAGGAAGCCAUCCAGGAGUACCUGAGGGCCAAGAGCGGGGCCGCUCCACCACCUGCAUCUGGGGACGCAGCCCGUCGGUGCAGACCAGAGCCACCUCUGAGCGGCGCCCCAGCCACCCCACGUCCCCCAAACCCUGCAGCUGGCCCCAGCCCUGUCCGGGGCUCCGCCUCCCCGCUCAGCGUGAGCAGCGAUGACUCCUUCGAACAGAGCAUCCAGGCGGAGAUUGAACAGUUCCUGAGCGAGAAGAGGCUGCAUGAGACCCAGAAAGGUGGCCUCCCUGCCAGCAGAAAGGCAGACCCCGGCGACAGCCUGGCCAGAGCCACCUGCAGGCCUGGCGGAGAGCCGCCACUGAGGGCACCACAGCAGGACCUGCCGGGUGCCGGCAAGGAGUUCGUCUUCCGGAAGCUGCCCAGGUCCGCGAAGGCCAGCGCACUGCCCAGAGGCCUCAGGUGCAAGGUCGCCACCGAGCCAGCUGCUGCUGCCACCGUGGGGCCCCCUGCAGAGGCCGCGCCGGGUAAAGGUGGGGUCCGCAGGGGCGCGGGCUGCACGCGGAAGGGCAGGCGGCCACGGAGCACCGCCCCGGUGCCUGAGGAGCCUGACUCGAGCAGCGACGAUGGCAUCGAGGAGGCCAUCCGGCUGUACCAGCGGGAGCAGCGGAGGGGGGCCCGGGGCCAGCAGGGGCCCCUGCCCACAGAGGAGAAGGGGCCCCGCAGCCUGAGGGGGCCCUGGCCCGAGGCCCACAGCAAGACCCCCGGCAAGAAGAAGCCAGCAGCCCCCAAGGCCAUGGACCUCGGCCCGGGCAGCCCAGACCCUGAGCACCCGCCCAGGCCCCCCAGGGAAACCACGGCUCCCGUGCCUCCGGGGAGCGUGGCUGCUGAGAGCCUGGGCCUGGACGGGUCCCCACGCCGGGCAGACACGUCUGCUGAGCUGAUGUGUGCCGAGGCCAUCCUGGACAUCUCCAAGGCCAUCCUGCCAGCCCCCGUGGACGGUGGGGAAAGGCCCGCACCCACCAGCCCGCUGCGCCAGGGCCCCGACGGCGACAGCAGCGCCGUGGACAGUGAUGACAGCAUCGAGCGGGAGAUCCGGACGUUCCUGGCCCUGAAGGCGCAGUCGGGGGGCCCGCUGCCCCACACAGAGACCUGCGCCCGGCCCGCCCACAGCCCACCGCCGCCCAGCCUCAGCGCCCCGGCCCCUGACACUCCAGACCCGUCCCCGGGCUGCAGGAGGAGGCGCAGCAGGACGCCCUGCACACCCAGGCGGCCCAGGGACACGGCCGAGACGCAGGAUGCCCAGGACGCCGAGCGCGGCCAGGGCCGGGUGCAGCCUGGCCAGGGGCGAGCCCCCGAGGCCCCCAGGAGGGAAAGCGAGAGCCACAGCCAGCCUCUCCCCUUCAAGACGGGCGGGCCGGGCGAUGAGCUCGGGGCCCCGGACCCACUGGGAGCCGCACCACCUGGCCCCGGGCAGACGGCCGAGGGGAGGCGCGGGGACAGACAGGCGAGCUCCGAGGAGAAGAGCAGCUCGCUGGAUAGCGACGAGGACCUGGACACGGCCAUCAAGGACCUGCUGCGCUCCAAGCGGCGGCUCCGGAAGCGGUGCAGGGACCCCCGGGCUGGCUGCAAGAAGAGGGUCCGCUUCAGCACCACGGAGACGCAGUUCCUGGACAAACUGGGGGGCUUCCAGAAAGACUGGAGAGACCGAAGCCCCCAUCUGCUGAAAAGCUGUCUCUCCAAGUCCAGAAGGGACAGCAGGGAGAGCCCGGGGAGACCCCUGCAUGUCCCCUGCCGGGAAACAGCAAGGGCGAAGGUGGACGGCUCAGAGCCAGAGGACGCACCCUCGGGCCCCUCAGCACCCUGGACCCGGGGCAGGGCUGCGCCCGGGGGCCCGUUCUCCAGGGAGUCGGCAGCCCGCGAGCCUCCUGGUGCCACCGAAAGCCCCAGCUCCCUGUCUGACGAGAGCAGCUCCGUGGACAGCGACGACAGCAUCGAGCUGGAGAUCAGGAAGUUUUUGGCCGAAAAGGCCAAGGAGUCCUUGAGCGGAUCAGAAAUUGCAGGAGGGGGCCCAGCCGCCCUGGGAACGCUGACUGGGGCCAGGCCAGAGCUCCCGGGCAGGAAAGCAUUGCCCCAUGGCCCUGCUGCCCAGCCUCGCACGUGCACGAGGAGCCAGAGGGUCAGGGGGGCCCCGCUGCUGGGGGCCGAGGGCCCCCAGGGGCCAGGAACAGCCCUUGCUCCAGGCGGGGGGAGCAGCCUGCACCCUGAGCAGCCCUGUGCCCCGGCCACCUUGGCCCGGUGCGAGUUGGCGCCACCCAGAAGCACCAGCGGGCCUGCCCCUGCCAAAGGAGCGCCGGCUCCAAGGAGAAACAUCUGUGCCCCCAGAGACCCGGGCCCCAGGGGGCCCGACAGGGUUACAGGGGAGGGCACGUUCGGCCAGCUCCCGAGCCGCGCAGAGGCUGGCGCCCGGGCAGAGGGCCGCGGCUCGCUGGCACGGACCCCGGGCUCCCAGCGGGACGGGGCACCCCGGGCCGGCCUCACCCUCCCCUGGCCUGACCUCACCCCCCAGAGCCAGCUGCAGAGCACCUGGGUACUGGGCCCGGAAGGCAGGGACAUGGCUGCGUGGAGAGGGGGCCUUGGUGGCCAGAAGGAGAAGGGGCCGGGGGGCCAGGCCCGGGGCUCACCCAGCCUCGCCACAGACCCCCGGAGGGGCCUGCCCUUUGCUGGCUUCUCGCCACUGCUCUCCACGCAGCUAUUCCAUUUCGGGAAGAGCGUGCCUUGGGGCGCCAAGCAGACCGGCCUCUUCAGCCCUGGCCUGGGUCUGCCGCUGCAGGGCCCGUCCUUCUCGGCCUUCCGGGAGGCCCAGGCCACCUGCGGCCCGGUGUUUGGAAGCCCUCGCCUGCUGGUGAAGGAAAGCAGCCGCUGGCCUUGCAGGAAGCCCCGGGCAGGGCUCGGCCUGUCCGACAGGAGGGGCUCGGGGCCAGAAGAGGGUGUCCUGGACCUGCGGUUUGGGCGCAGGGGGCUGGACAGAGACGAGGAGGAGCCGGAGGCCCUGGGCAGCGACGCCAGCGAGCUCAGCGACACGUCGGUGGAGGAGGGCAGCGGGCCCGCGGCCCAGGGCCCAGUGCUGCAGCUGUGAGCGCCGCGCGCGUGCAGGCCCUGCAGCCACGCCCCUGGUGGAACGGGGGCCCUGGGGGUCCCUGUGCAGCCUGUACAUGUGUACACUAACGUGAAACCAUGUUUUUAUUUAACAGACGUGUCCUGGUAAAUACGAUUUUUGUAGCCUUUUUUGUAAAUUAUUUAAAGUGCUGUGAAAACUAUUUUUGGUGAACGCCACUGUUGGAUCCUGCGGGGCGUUCCUCGCAGCGGUUUUCCGUGGGCUCCGCACAAGUCUUGGAUCAGCAGACUCGGUUCCGCGCGUCCCCGCGCUCAGGGCCGACCGCUGGUGGACGUGGCCUGCUGCGACCUCAGUGCCAGCCCUGGGAAGGCAGCCGCCAGAGCCCUGCCCGAGACUCACCAGACGCCCCGGCCGUCCCUGUCAGGGCGCUGCUGGCAGCACUCCUCAAGUGAAAGAGCCCCCGCCUCCCCCGCAGAGGUCCGCCGGGGUCCUCAAGCAGAAAAGCGUUUCUAAGCACAAAGGCCGGCGAGCAAACCAGCCCCCCGGGGCGCACACCGAGGCCCCCAGGGAGACCGCCGGCCAGCCGUUCACACCUGGAGCCUCUGUUGUUGAGUGUCCAGGCCUCCUCAGUUCUGACACAAGUCCACCAGCUCAGUAAACCCUUUUAUGCGGAAGCUGCCGUCCUUCACGUUCAAUCACAGCUCCAGAUGGUCUCAGCCAGCCCGUGUGUGUCCACUGUCCUCAUCCUCAUCAGUGCCCACAGAGCGGCUGGUGCCCGGAGUCCUGAGGACCGAGCCCGCCGGGGGCGGGGGCUGGGCGGGUUGGGGGUGGGCUCCGGCAGCGGGCCGGCGCGCCCGUCCACCCCGUGUUCUCGGUGCCUGAUGGUGCCGCGCACAGCUGGGACCAGCCUGGUUCCCUGUGCCUUCUGCUGCUCAGCUGCCGCGGGGCCCACGGCCGAGCAUGGACGUUCACACACCAUUGUCCAGCGAACCUUCACCGACCACCCCGGGCAUCACAGCUCAUCGGUGCAGCUGCGGCGGGCCUGGCGCGAGGUUUAAGUUGCCGCUGAAGUUGGUCGUUACUCUAACGUGCCAGUGAAUUUUCACAGGUCAUGCCCCCGCCCUGGGUCUUAGCGGGAAUACCCACUGGGGACGUGUGCGGCACCUACAGUGUCCGGGGUCAGGCGCUGUGAUGAGCAGCCCUGUGGAUCCCGUGACCCCCUGGUGCCCGCAUGGUGUGAGUCUGAUGUUUCCGUUGGCAAAUAUUCAUUCACUGAAGUGCUUCCCAGGAAAUCAACUCAUUAAUCCAUGCUUUAAGUUGUAUUUAAUUUUAAAGGAGUGCUUUUAACACUUGACAACAAAAAUCAGUUUGUUUUGUAUAUAUGAACUGGGUUUUUUAAUGCUAAUAAAUCAAGCACUGCUCACACCUCAA